UUUUGUUCGUCUCCUGGCUCGUGCCGCUCUGAGUUUGUGGCACUCGGUAUUACUAACACUUCCCUGUGCCAGCUGGCAGCAGAGGAUGAAUCAGAUUGGCAGCACCACAGCAUGGACCCUUCACGGCCGUUCAGCUUAGAGUGAUGCCUGUGGCCAAAGUGCUGGAGAUAUCUCCUGCCCCUGUCCAGGGUGAGCCCCACCCAAGUGCCAGUGGCUUGGCCUUGCUGGUGGAGAUGUCUCAGUACCCUGUUGUCCCCUCUGACCCAUGCUGCCUGCCCAGGCUGGAUCGUCCCUGUCCCUCCUUUACACUGGUGGUCUCACUGGGGGCUUUGUGAGCUGCUCUCUGCUCACUGGCAGCAUCCCCAAGCUGGGGUCAGCUCUACAGCCAGGAGGACAGCAUAUCCUCAUGAUGCCAAAAACACCUUCUGCAGUUGUGCUUUGACCCCAGCAGGCAACUUAAAUAUCACUCAGCUCCUCUCUCCCUCUCACUGCCCCUAGCCGCAGUGGGGAAGGGAAUCAAAAAGAAAAGGUAAACUUUGUGGGUUGAGAUAAGAACAAUUUAAUAAUUGAAACAAAAUAUAACAAUAAUAAAUAUGUUAAUCAUAUUAAUAUUAUUAUCAAUAAUAAUAGUAAUAGUAAUAAUAAGCACAGAGAGAGAGAAUGACGGGACCCAAGAGAAACAAGUGAUGCACAACCCAGUUACUCACUACCCAAUGACUGAUGCCCAGUCACCAGCCCCUUACAGGUAGCUCCCCCCAGUCAUAUUCUGGGCAUGAUGUUUUGUGGCAUGGAAUAUUCCUUUGGCUAGUUUGAACCAGCUGUUCUGGCCAUGCUCCUCCUGCAGCUCCUCAGUGGCAGAACGUGGGCAACAGAAAACUCCUUGGCUUGGAGUAAGCCGCUACUUAACAACAGCUCCAACAUGUCUGUGUUAUCAGCAUUCUCAUACUAAAUCCAACACUGUGCUGGCUACUAUGAAGAAAAUUAACGCAGUCCUAGACAGAAUCAGGACAGCAGUUGAUUGCUUCCUCCCCCUCCCCUGCUUCUGACAACUCAGCACACAUGGAACUCCAUGACAUCACAGACUUUGGAAUGGUGGUGGUGCCAGUUGUCCCCAGCGCUGAGAUGCAGAGCCUGCAUGGCCUGCACUCCAGGACGACAAUUUGGAUUCUCUUGGUUGCUGCAGCCCAGAGCAUCCUGAAAAAUGUCACAGCCAUUUCGCAUCUUUGGGCUAAUGAUGACGGUCUACCCAGAAUCUCAAGGCUUGCAAGGUGAUGAUGACGAUGAUGGUGAUGAUGAUGACAGUGAAGAAUUAGGGAACUCCAGCCAUUCUGAGCUUCCUUCACCCUUGUGCAAGAACAGUGACAGCCCAGAUGACAAUCAGACAGAGGGUCUGGGAGAAUUCACCCUGCUUUCCUCAACUCCUGGGCACUUGGUGGAAGAUAAGCCUGUGGGGUUGGCCAAGCAUGCACUGGAGCUUGAGUCAGAAGAUCAGGAGUUUCAGGAACCAUUUUACAAAGACAUGGGAAUGUCUGACAGCUUGGCUGGAGAUGAGGAGCCCAGCCUGAGUUAUCACCUUCCUGGGCAUCAGAGGUUGCCUGCUCUCCAAAAGACCAGUACAGCACCAAGUGGCUUCCAUGACUCUUUCCAGCACAGCUCAGGCCAGCACUUGGGGACAGAGGCCACUGCCACACAGGCCCAUGCCAGUGACCAUUACGUGGAACACCCAGGGAGCACCACGGGAGCAGAGCCCCAGGUGCUGCAGGAGGAGGAUGGUGAGGACAGCGAGGAUAGGGAGGACAGGGAGUCCCCAUCCCUCCAGCCGACCUACGACUCGCUCUGGCAGGAGAACAGCGUCCUCAGGUCAGAGAACAAACUGCUCAGGAACAUGAACUUUGUGCUCAUGUCGGAGAACUUUGCACUCAGUCAGGCGCUCAAAGAGCUCAAGAAGGCCAGCACUGUGGUCAUGGAGGGGGAUGUCGUGCUCAGGGAGGAACACAACAUGCUCAGGGAACAGUGUGACAAGUUUGAGGGUGAGAAUGCUGCACUCAGGAAGGACAAUGCCAUGGUCAGGAGGAUGUUGAACACCUUGCAGAACAACUUGAAGAGACAGGCAUGCAUGGUGGUGAGCCUGCAGGAUCAGCUAAAGGCCAGCCAGGUGGAACGAGAGAGGGAAGCUGGGCAGUUCCAGUCCUUAGUCCAGGAGACUGAGUGUCGUCUUCAGAUAAUGAAGGAGCGGGCUCUGAACGCUGAAACAAAUGUGGAGAGGCUGAAGCACAAGAUCUUUAUUCUCCAAGGACAGCUGGAGAGAUGCAAGCUGGAGAAUGAAAACCUGAGACAGACUGGCCUGGAAGCAGUGAAGCACAACUUAGACUUCACCAGGCAAAACCCCCACGAGCUCAUAAUGGGCAAAGAUGCCUCCCUCAGGCAGCUCCUGCCUCAGGAAUGCUGCCUGUUGUUGCUGAGGUCCUUGAAUCUACAAGAAAAAUUCUUAAAUUUUGAGCAGAGAGAGGUCUUUGAGUGCAAUUCUGUGUGAGUUCCAUGGAUCCGUGC